AUGUCUGCAGCAUACGACCGCGAGCAACAAAACAACACCCGCCUCUCCGAGCUCUCCUCCAAAGUCUCCGCCCUCCGCGGCGUCACGGUCGACAUCUACGACAAUGCGCGAGACCAACACGUCAUCGACAACAGCUCUGAAGUCUUCUCCUCCAUGACGAACUCGAUCAAAGGGUCCGCCGGCCGUCUGGGCCGAAUGGCGCAGCAGGGGAAUAAAGUUGCGAUACUGAAGUUGGCCGGGAUCAUCGUCGGUGUGGUGGUUGCGCUGUGGUGGGGGUUGAGCUUUCUGUUCCGGUCGAGGAAGGCUUGA